AGACCCUCUACCUCUAAAUUGUUGAUAUAUCUGAACUUCUCUUUUCCUUAUUAAUAUUAAGAUGACCACUUCAUCUCAAUUUUUCUUUCUUUCACUCAUUGUCAUUUGGUUCAUAUCUCUAACAGCUUUUGCUGCUACUACUAUUGACCCCAACGAAAAGAAUGCUCUCAAAGAUAUAGCUAAGUCACUUGGUAAGAAGGAUUGGAACUUCGACAUAGAUCCAUGCAGCAACAAAUCUAACUGGGUUAUGCCUAUGGCUGAGACUCCCAUAUUGAGAAUUAUAGUGAGCAUUGUUUCCUGUAACUGCUUUAUUCCCGGUGAUAACUUCUGCCAUGUUGUUUCAAUAAUUUUGAAAGGGCAAAAUCUCCCUGGCACUCUCCCGCCAGAACUGACCAGGUUGCGUUACCUUCAAACUAUUGACCUCUCUCGUAAUUACUUGAAUGGUACAAUUCCGAAACAAUGGGGAUCUAUGAUGAAUAUUAGUAAAAUUGCUCUCGGCGGAAAUCGAUUAACGGGUCCAAUACCAGUGGAGAUUGCAAACAUAUCUACUCUCCAAUACUUGGAGUUAACGGGCAAUCAAAUGUCUGGAAAUAUUACUCCUGAGCUUGGGAAUCUAGCCCAGAUUCAAUCACUACGAAUUUCCUCCAACAAUUUUAGCGGAGAACUCCCUGUGACAUUGGCCAAGCUUACUACACUGCAAGAUUUCCGAAUUGAGGACAACCGAUUCUUUGGAAAGAUACCUGAUUAUAUUCAGAACUGGUCACGUAUCAAAACACUAGUGAUUCAAGGAAGUGGAUUAAGUGGGCCGAUUCCUUCUGGAAUUUCACUUUUGACAAACUUAACUGACUUGAGAAUUAGUGAUUUGGAUGGAUCUGAAUAUGCACCUUUGCCACAACUUAAUAAUAUGACAUUGUUACAAACUCUGAUUCUGAGGAACUGCAAAAUCAAUGGGACACUGCAUGAUUAUCUUGGGACUAUGAAAUUCUUAAAAAUCUUAGACCUCAGCUUUAACAGAUUAAGUGGAGCAGUUCCGAGUACCUAUGCCUACAUGAAAAGUUCAAAAUACAUAUUUUUAACUGGAAACCGUCUCACUGGCCACAUGCCUGCUUGGAAAACGGACGUUGACAUAGAUCUUUCAUACAAUAACUUCAGCAUCAGCCAAGGGAGUAGUCAGAUAUGUCAAGAAGAAAAUGUGAACUUAUUUUCUACCUCAUGGGCACACAAUGACAUAGGAACAGUUCCGUGCUUGAGGUUUGAAUGUCCCAAACCCUCAUACUCCCUUUAUAUCAAUUGUGGUGGACAGCAAACCACGGUCAACAGAACAAGUUAUUAUGGUGAUCCAGAUUUACCUGGACCGGCUAGAUUCCAUCACAGUCCAAAAGGAAAUUGGGCAUUUAGCACCACUGGUAUAUUUAUGGAAAGUAAUCAAUUUCGAGAAUAUUAUCGGCCACAAAUUAUCACAAAACUUACUAUGGUGGAUGCUGAAUUGUAUAUGAAUGCACGUGGUUCUCCUAUUUCUUUGACUUAUUAUGGGUUUUGCCUGGCAAAUGGAAGCUACACAGUGAAACUACAUUUUGCUGAAAUAAUGUUCACAGACGAUCAAACUUAUGGUAGUCUUGGAAGGCGUGUAUUUGAUAUCUACCUUCAGGGAAAGCAGGUGCAAAAGGACUUCAAUAUUGCAAAAGAAGCAGGAGGAGUUGGUAAGAAGGUCGUGAAAUUGUUCAAAGAUGUUGCUGUUACUAGUAAUACCUUGGAGAUCCGCUUAUAUUGGGCUGGAAAAGGGACACAGGCUCUCCCAAAUAAAUCAGUAUAUGGUCCUCUUAUAUCGGCUAUAUCCGUGGAAUCUGAUUCUCCGGGAAGCAUAUCUGCAGGAGCUUUGGUUGGAAUUGUGGUUGCAGCAGCAAUUAUUAUCAUUCUAUUAAUUGGUAUACUUUGGUGGAAAGGAUGUUUUGGAAAGAAAAACACAUUAGCAAGAGAGCUGGAGAGUUUAGACCUACAAACAGGUUUAUAUACCUUAAGACAAAUCAAAGCAGCAACAAACAACUUUGAUAUUUCCAAUAAGAUUGGAGAAGGAGGAUUUGGUCCUGUGUACAAGGGAUGUUUAUCCAAUGGGACAUUGAUUGCAGUAAAGCAACUUUCUUCUAAAUCAAGGCAAGGGAACCGUGAGUUUUUAAAUGAGAUAGGCAUGAUUUCUGCUUUACAACACCCAUAUCUUGUUAAACUCUAUGGCUGUUGUGUGGAGGGAGAUCAAUUGUUGCUGAUAUAUGAAUACUUGGAAAACAAUAGCCUUGCCCGUGCCUUAUUUGGUCCAGAGGAAGAACAGAUCAAAUUAGAUUGGUUAAUAAGGCAGAAGAUUUGUGUUGGUAUUGCUAGUGGUUUGGCAUUUCUUCAUGAAGAAUCAAGACUGAAGGUUGUUCACAGGGACAUCAAGGCCACUAAUGUGUUGCUCGAUAAAGAUCUGAACCCAAAGAUAUCUGAUUUUGGUUUGGCCAAGCUUGACGAGGAGGACAAUACUCACAUUAGCACUAAAAUUGCUGGGACCUAUGGAUAUAUGGCUCCUGAAUAUGCAAUGCAUGGUUAUUUGACCGACAAAGCAGAUGUUUAUAGUUUUGGAAUUGUUGCUUUGGAAAUCAUUAGUGGAAGGAGCAACACCCUUUAUCGGACAAGGGAAGAAGCAUUCUAUCUUCUUGAUUGGGCACAUUCGUUGAAAGAAAGUGGUGACCUAAUGGAACUCGUUGAUAGAAGAUUAGGUUCAAAUUUCAAUACAAAAGAAGCUCUGGUGAUGAUCAAUGUGGCUCUUCUGUGCACCAAUGUCACUUCAAACAUUAGGCCCUCUAUGUCAUCAGUGGUAAGUAUGCUUGAAGGAAAGACUGUGGUGCCAGAAUUUGUGCCAGAAUCAAGUGAAGUAAUGGAUGAAAAGAAGUUGGAAGUAAUGAGGCAGUAUUACUAUCAGAUGGAAGAAAAUAAGAUAAGUAAGCCACAGACAGAAAGUCAGAGUUUAUUAAGUGAUGGGCCAUGGACUGCUACAUCUUCAUCAGGUGUAGACCUUUAUCCUAUCCACAGUGAUGCUUCCUAUUGGGAGGGAAGAAGUUAAGCAUGUUUGUUGAUCAUGAAUUGCAUCCUGCCACUAUUUCCUGUGAUGAAACCUUGAUUGAUGCAUAUCUUCAAAACUGAGUACUACCUCUGUCCAUAUUUAUAAGUCUCUUUGGCACUUUUUACAUAUAUUAAAAGAUUACAAAUUUAUAGUUGAGUCAUUUUGAGGUAAGGCAUACUUUCCUAAUGGCUACAUAACGCAAGUCAUCUCUGAAAUAUGAUAUUGGUCAUUUUUAUUUUUAUUUCCUUGUAACAUUCUCUUGGUUCAGCUCUU